AUGUCGAUACCCGAGCUCCGUGCCCUCUCCCCCUCGGAUGAGAAGGAUGAGAUUGACUCCCUUCCGUCCCUCUCCACCGACGACAUCUACUCCGAGGCCGACUCGGACGCCCAAGCCGAAUGGGAUCGAAGCAUGGAGCAGCUGCAGCUCAUGCUCACCAUGAUGAUUAUUCCAUUUGUUGGCAAGUUCCUGGGUCGCAAGUUUGCGUACUGGAGUUGGACACGGUAUAUGGGAUGGUACCAUGGCGCCGAUGUCAAGUGGACGAAUAAAGCGGCAUUCAACACCGUGGGCGCGAUCGAGGCUGCUUCGAGCUUAUAG